CUCCUCUACAGGCUGCAGUGACACUUAUUACGCAGUCCAAUAUGAGUCACUAAAAUAUGUCGGAUCCAUGUCUUCGUAGAGGAUCUUCAGAAUCGGAAAGGACGAACAAAGCGAACAAAGCGAUAUUUUUGUCGUUUGUUUCGAAACGGAAGUGCAUGGAAGAACACCACUAACAAUCAGCGCAGAUGGCGUUUAUGUCUAGAUUCUCCCGAUCUCGAAGCAAUUCAAGGUCUCCUAGCAGAAGGGAUUCAGAAAAAGGGUGUCCUGUAUUGAGCAUCGCUGAACUUGAACGUCUCCUGUACACUGGAAAAACAGCUUGUAAUCAUGCCGACGAGGUUUGGCCGAGACUCUACAUUGGAGACCAGGACAUUGCCUCAAACCGCCAGGAACUUAUAAAGCUUGGGAUCACACACAUCCUCAACUGUGCACAGAGCAAAUGGCGAGGUGGUGCGGAGUACUAUGAGGGAAUGAAUAUCACCUACCAUGGUAUCGAGGCCCAUGACUCUCCCUCUUUCGAUAUGAGUGUCAACUUCUACCCUGCUGCAGAAUUCAUUCACAAAGCUCUCAGCAUGGGAGGAACAGUGCUUGUGCACUGUGCAGUUGGGGUGAGUCGCUCAGCAACUCUGGUGCUGGCUUACCUUAUGAUUCGACAGAACAUGACCCUAGUAGAAGCCAUUAAGACGGUCAAGGACCACCGAGGUGUCACCCCCAACCGAGGCUUCCUCCGGCAGCUCAGUGGCCUAGACAGCAUUCUUCGCGCCAGUCGAAAGACAACCUAAAACCACCGGUAAACUCUGGACUCCCAGUACAAACUCAUUGCAUAGGCCAAUGUGUGUACAUGUAGUACCAUCAUUCACACUGUUGUUCUGUGAUCAGUAGAAAUGCCUUACUACAUUAAGACCUCUUGAGGUGUGCAUACUGCCUUAUUCAGCAUUAACCCUAACAUUUUGUUCAAAUGACCAGAUCACUGAGCUUCUUUAACCAGUUUGGUUUCACUUUUCUUGAAGUGGGCUUGCAUAAGUAUUUACCCCAUUGAAGUUCUCCACAGUGUUACAACCUGGAAGUAAAAUGAACUAAAUUGGGAUUAUUGUCAUGAAUCUACACAAAGUAGCCCAUUUAAGUCACAAGGGAAUCAACAUAAUUGAUCAAAGUUGUAAAAGUUGUGAGUGUGUAAAUAUUUACCUCAUUGUUGUGAAACUAGUUGCCAGCAGAAGUAACAUUAUUAGUUGAAUGGAGUUGACUUGUGUGCAAUUAAAUCGUCACAUGAUCUCAAUGCCUGGAAGACACCAGAGUUUGUAGAGAACAUAUCUAAACAAACAGCAUCACAAUGACAAGGAACUAUAAAACAUUUUCAAGACAAAAUUCUGGAAUAGCAUCAACUAGGGUUUGGUUAUAUCUAGAAUAUCGCACAGCUAUGACUCUAGAGGUCUCUAGAGGAGGCCGUUCACAGAAUUAGUCAGAGAAGCAACCGAGUGGUCAAUAGAAAGUUCAACAAAGGUGAAUACUUAUACAAGUCUCUGUAAUUCAAAUUCCAAAGCAAACAAGAAACAGUGAAUGAAUUAUUGGUGCAUAUUCAACUAUACAGUGCCUUCCAUAAUAUUGGCACCCUUGGUAAAUAUGAGCAAAGAAGGCUGUGAAAAAUUAACUUUAUUGUUAACCUUUUGAUCUUUUGUUAAAAAGAAUUCACAAAAAUACUCUGCUCUCAUGGAUAUCCAACAAUUGCAAGCACAACACAGGUGUGUAUAUAUAUAUAUAUAUAUAUAUAUAUAUAUAUAUAUAUAUAUAUACAUAUACAUACAUACACACACACACACACACACAUAUAUAUUGUAUAUAUAUUAUACACAUAUAUAUAUUAUUGGCACCCCUAUGAAUUCAUAUGAGAAAUCUAUAUUUGAAGUAUAUUCCCACUGAUAUUUAAAAACAUUUUUAGUACACCUAGGAACUAGUUCAACCAUGAUUUCUUGUUUCACAGGGGUAUAAAUAUGAGGUAACACAGGCCAAAUUCCCUCAUUCAUACUGAUGGAUAAGACCAAGGACUAUAGCAGUGAUGUGUGGCAAAAGGUUGUGAGCUUCACAAAAUGGGAAGUGGCUAUAAGAAAAUAGCACAAGCAUUGAAAAUGGCAGUUUCCACCAUCAGGGCAUUAAUUAAAAAGUUCCAGUCCACUGGAAAUGUUAUGAAUUAAGCUGAAAGAAGAGGUGUGUCUAUAUUGUCUCAAAAAAUCUUCAAGGAUCACAGCUGGAGAACUGCAGAAGUUAGUUGCAUCUUGGGGUCAGAAAGUCUCCAAAACUACAAUCUGAAGUCACCUCCAUCACCACAAGUUGUUUGGAAAGGUUUCA